GGGAACCCGGGACUCGCGGUGGCGGCUGGAACCCGGUGCGGUGCUUCGCCGCGGGUCGGCCCCCAGUCUCAGUCGGGUCGGGUCGCAGGCUGGGCCCGGGUUCCUUGCUGGGGACAGCAUGAAGUGCCUGGUCACAGGGGGCAACGUGAAGGUGCUGGGCAAGGCCGUCCACUCCCUGUCGCGUAUCGGGGACGAGCUCUACCUGGAGCCCUUGGAGGACGGGCUCUCCCUCAGGACCGUGAACUCCUCCCGCUCGGCCUACGCGUGUUUCCUCUUCGCCCCCCUCUUCUUCCAGCAGUACCAGGCAGCUACCCCUGGUCAGGACCUGCUGCGCUGCAAGAUCCUGAUGAAGUCCUUCCUGUCGGUCUUCCGCUCUCUGGCGGUGCUGGAGAAGACUGUGGAGAAAUGCUGCAUCUCUCUGAAUGGCAGAAGCAGCCGCCUGGUGGUCCAGCUGCACUGCAAGUACGGGGUGAGGAAGACUCACAACCUGUCCUUCCAGGACUGUGAAUCCCUGCAGGCUGUCUUCGACCCAUCCUCGUGCCCCCAUGUGCUCCGCGCCCCAGCUCGGAUCCUGGGGGAGGCCAUUCUGCCCUUCCCUCCCACACUGGCUGAGGUGACACUGGGCAUUGGCCGUGGCCACCGGGUCAUUCUGCGCAGCUACCAAGAGGAGGAGGCAGACAGCACUGUCAAAGCCAUGGUGACUGAGAUGAGCAUUGGGGAGGAAGACUUCCAGCAGUUGCAGGCCCCAGUAGGAGUGGCCAUCACUUUCUGCCUCAAGGAAUUCCGGGGCCUCCUGAGCUUCGCGGAGUCAGCACACUUGCCUCUUAGCAUUCACUUCGAUGCUCCAGGCAGGCCAGCCAUCUUCAUCAUCGAGGACUCUUUGCUGGAUGGCCACUUUGUCUUGGCCACACUCUCAGAGGCGGACCUGCACUCCCAGGACAUGGGCCCCUCAGAGCUCCACAGGCCAGUGCCUCCGCUGCAGGCUCCCAGCACACCCCACGUGGAUGACUUUGUUAACGAUGACAUUGACUCUUACAUGAUUGCUAUGGAAACCACUGUAGGCAGUGAGGGCCCACGGGCACUGCCCUCCAUUUCCCUUUCUCCUGGCCCCUGCUCAGAGGAGGAAGAUGAAGCUGAGCCCAGUACAGUGCCUGGGACUCCCCCUCCCAAGAAGUUCCGCUCACUGUUCUUUGGCUCCAUCCUGGCCCCCGUCCACUCUCCCCAGGGCCCCAGCCCUGUGCUGGCUGCAGACAGUGACGGUGAAGGCUGAACUGAGAACCUGAAGCAUGUGUCCCGAGGCUGUGGACUAGAAGCCAGCCAGUGGCAGGGUUGGAUCUCAGUCCAGGGGACAGCAGAGGGGCUGACUGCUGGGGCGAGCUGGCAGUUCUGUGUGCAGGCUGCACCUGGCUAACCUGCCUGGCCUGAGUCCUGCCGUCCCCACAACCUGCAACCAGUGACAUCUUUUCCCAGGCCUGGCGGCAAGCUGCAUGCCCACAAGGAGAUUCCUUACCUCUUAUUUACCAUUCAGGCUCAGGCCAGGCCACAGCCAUCUGGCCAGGGCUGGAAGCCUGCCUCCCUCCCUCACCUCCCUAAGAAAAAAAUCACAAAGGGGCUCCUGCCCCUGCUGAUUCACUCUCUGCCAAUCAUGAAUGUCCCCCCCCCUCGAAUGCUGGGCACAUCUCUGGAACCCUCUGUGGUUGGAAAAGAUCGUUUCUCUUGCCUUUUCAAUGUCCUCUGGCCCUCACUUGGAAUUCCAAAAGCCUCUGGACCCGAGUGUAUGGCUGGGCUGCCCUGGCUGGUCCUGUGCUUCUGUGCAGAAAGGCUGCCAGCCCCAGUGUUGGGACAAGAGACAGAGGCCAUGGAGAGAAUCCAGCUUUGACCUUUAUUCAAGAGACCAGAUGGGUCGCCCCAGGAUCCGGCUGCCAGCCCUCUGGCCAAGCACGGCUGGACACCCACAAUCUGGCCUGCCUUGCCCUGAGCUGCAGCCUCAGCCCCAGGAUCCCACCUGCAGCCACUGCCGGUGCAGGUGGGAGGGAGCCCUGGGGGAUUGGACGCUGCUAUUGAUUCAUUAAAAAAAGAAAGAAAAAUACACCAAGGCUCCAUGUUCCCCAAGAUGGGUGGGCCUCAGGGGCCCGUGUGAUCCCCCAUGGCAGCAUGAUUUCUUUACAAUCAAUCCAUCAUCGGGGCAGAGGGGUGGCACACGGAGGUUAUUUCUUGGCUUUGGCGGAGUUGCGGGGUGGGGUGAUGGGUCGGCCUCCAGGGUUCAGGCCACUGAACUGCCCAUAUUUCCCCUUGUUCUUGUCAGC